GCUCCACCUCUCUGCCCUGUGCGUCAUGAAGCUUGGAUUGAUUGCCUGCAUCGCUCUGUCUGCCACCGGUUGCAGCGCCUUCGUUGCCCCCAGGUCUUCUGCUUCCACCGCACUCGCCAGACGCUCUUCUUCUCCGCCCGACGCAAGCUGCCGGUUGCCCUCCUCUUCCUCUUCGACUCGGACCCGAGCCGCUCGGUUGGACAUGUUCUCUCCCACGGGGAAAAAGGUGGGCAUCGUGGGCGCUACCGGCGCGGUGGGGGAGGAGAUCGUGGGCUGCUUGGAGAAGCGGGGGUUCGCGGUGAGCGAGCUGAAGCUGUUCGCCUCGGCCAGGUCGGCGGGCAAGGUUAAGGAGACCCCCAUGGGAGAAGUGACCAUCCAGGAGUUCUCUCUGGAGUCGGCAAGAGAUUGCGACUUCGUCUUCUUGGCGGUGGGGGGAGACUUCGCCAAGGAGUACGCCGAGAAGCUCACGGAGGGGUCCGGUCCGAUCGUGAUCGACAACUCGUCGGCGUGGCGGAUGGACCCUGACGUGCCGCUCGUGGUCCCCGAGAUCAACCUGGAGGCGUGCAAGGGCAAGAAGCUCAUCGCCAACCCCAACUGCACCACGGCGAUCGCCAUCAUGGCGCUCUACCCCCUCCACAAGGAGUUCGGCGUGAAGAAGUGCAUCGUGUCCACCUACCAGGCGGCUUCAGGCGCGGGUGCCCCGGGCAUGAACGAGCUCCUGGACGAGACGAAGAAGUACGUGACCACGGGAGAGAUGCCCGCCAACAAGAUCUUCGCGCACCCGCUGCCCCUCAACGUCAUCCCCCACAUCGACGUCUUCCAGGAAAACCUCUACACGAAGGAGGAGAUGAAGGUCACCUGGGAGACGAGGAAGAUUCUCGACGUGCCCGACAUGGCCGUCAGCUGCACGUCCGUGCGCAUCCCCACCAUGCGGGCGCACUCGGAAGCCGUGACGAUCGAGACGGAGAAGCCCAUCACCACGGAAUCCGCUCGCAAGGUGUUAGAAGCGGCCGCCGGCGUUACGCUCGUGGACGACCCCGAGGCUAGCAAGUACCCCAUGCCGCUCACUGCAACGGGGAAGUACGACGUCGAGGUGGGGCGCGUGCGCGCGAACGACGUAUUCGGCGAGCACGGCCUGGACUUCUUCGUGUGCGGGGACCAGCUGCUGCGAGGAGCGGCGCUCAACGCGGUCCUCAUCGCAGAGGGCCUCGUUGCCAGCGGCGUCGAAGCCGACGCGGUCGCUGCUUGAUCAAAUUGACGUAUUCAAGAGUAGUUAAAAAAAAUGGAAUGAAUGUAUUGGGUCCUUUUCAUGACCUGGGCCGGCUGCGCGUGCGCUACUUGAUUAACCAACAGGUUGAAGAGUUAUCACAAAAAUGGGAUGAACGUAUUGGGUCUUUUUGUGGGGCUUGGGCCGGCUGAGCCCGCGUUGCCCCCCCCCCUGAACGAAUUCCCUCCUAUUAGUGUUCUUAGUGUACGCUUUCGCAAGUAAGCGAUUGGGCCUGCAGGAAACUUCGGGGAUGCUCUCGGAUCAUUUUUUGUUUUCUUCACGCUCGCUGCAAUCUUCCUUGUGGGGUACAGAGCGGAUUAGCGGGGUAAGUUUCAUGUGUUUUUUGGCACAAAAGAUUUGAUUUGCCCGCGGUCGCGUCGGGAAGUGAGACGUUAACAAGCGGCGUAAUAACGAUUUCAUCAUGGCAUGCGUAGUUGAGGUGCACGGCCAAUGUUGUCAACGGUGUGUUUCGAUAGCCCCGCACCAGAUCUGUUUUUGUUCGUUUUGGUACAUGUAUCCUCCGGGUGUUGUGUUUGUGUGUUUUAAUAGCACUUUUCAUGCCCGUGGUACUUGUAUAGCAUUAAUUCUAUCAAGGAAGGGCGAGAAGAGGUACAAGGGGCGAUCGAUGAUCACAAACACGUGUAGGCGGCUUGCUUGGUUGUGUACUUUGUUCGGCCAAACACAUUCUCAGAG